CCCUUCUUCCUACUUCCAAAACGCUUCCGCUGUCAUCUUAAAGAAACACACCGCCUCUCAUCAAACAUCAUCAUGUUUUUUUUGAUUUUAUUGUAGUGGACAGGGGUGAUAAAGUUCGUAUUGUGAUAGGCUGGGGCGGAUUAGAAUGACCCUGAUUCGCUGUUGUCUCUGAACCCUUUCUUGCACGUACAAAGGCUCAGCCGUGACUGUCAUUUGUGUUCUACCAGCUGCGACACUCGGUGCUCGAUUGCUUUCGACUGUAGGGACCAUGGCCGAUACGUGGGAUAAUGUUACAAUUCCUGAGUUCAACUCCCUUCUUCAAAUGGAUCCCUACCUCAAACAGUACGAAAAGGACUUCAGGAGGAGGUAUGGGCUGUUUGAGAAGCGUCUGUUACUCCUGGAGGAGGCAGAAGGAGGCUUUGAUCAGUUCACUAGAAGCUACAGGACCUUUGGCGUGAACCGCAUGGCUGACAACAGACUGGUGUUGAGGGAGUGGGCCCCGGCCGCGGAGGCUCUGUUCCUUACUGGAGACUUCAAUGGUUGGGACAACUUCUCUCACCCGUACAAGAAGAAAGAGUUUGGAAAAUGGGAACUGUGUCUGCCCCCCAAGCAUGACAAGUCACCAGCCAUCGAACACAACACCAAACUCAAGGUUGUGGUCCACACUAAGAAAGGAGAGCGUCUGUACCGCAUCUCACCUUGGGCCAAGUACGCCACCCAGGCCGAGAAACAAGUCCUCUAUGACUGGGUCCACUGGGACCCUCCUCAACCUUAUCUACACAUCCACCCUCGCCCCAAGAAGCCCCAGAGUUUACGGAUCUACGAGUCUCACGUGGGCAUCGCCUCACCUGACCCUAAAGUCGCCUCCUACACCAACUUCACAAUCAAUGUCCUGCCUCGAAUAAAAGACUUGGGGUACAACUGUAUUCAGCUCAUGGCUGUCAUGGAGCAUGCAUACUAUGCCAGCUUCGGUUAUCAAGUCACGAGCUUCUUUGCUGCAUCCAGUCGUUACGGGACACCAGAGGAGUUGAAGCAGCUGAUUGACACCGCCCACUCCCUGGACAUCGUCGUCCUAUUGGACGUGGUCCAUAGCCACGCCUCCCAGAACACGGAGGAUGGGCUGAACCGUUUCGAUGGCUCCGACUCCUGCUUCUUCCACUCCGGUCCGCGUGGGGAGCAUGCUCUCUGGGGCAGCCGCCUCUUCAACUACUCCAGCUGGGAGGUCCUGAGGUUCCUGCUGUCUAACCUGCGUUGGUGGAUGGAGGAGUAUCGUUUUGAUGGCUUCAGGUUCGAUGGGGUGACGUCCAUGAUGUACCAUCAUCAUGGUAUUGGCAGUAUGUUUUCAGGAGACUACUCAGAGUACUUUGGUCUUCAGGUGGAUGAAGAUUCCCUGGUCUAUCUGAUGACAGCUAAUCAUGUCCUCCACACCCUGUAUCCUGACUGCAUCACCAUCGCAGAGGACGUAUCAGGGAUGCCAGCUGUGUGCCGGUCCGUGUCAGAGGGAGGGUUGGGCUUCGACUACCGUCUGGCCAUGGCCAUUCCAGAUAAAUGGAUCCAGAUUCUGAAGGAGUUAGCAGACGAGGCCUGGGACAUGGGUAACAUUGUCUACACUCUGACAAACAGACGAUACGGAGAGAACUGCAUCGCCUACGCAGAGAGCCACGACCAGUCUCUGGUAGGUGAUAAGUCCCUAGCAUUCUGGCUGAUGGAUAAAGAGAUGUACACCAACAUGAGUUCCCUGAUCCCCAUGACUCCCGUCAUCGACCGAGGCAUCCAGCUACAUAAGAUGAUCCGCCUCCUCACACACGCUCUGGGGGGAGAGGGCUACCUCAACUUCAUGGGUAAUGAGUUUGGCCACCCAGAGUGGCUGGACUUCCCCAGGAAGGGUAAUGAUGAGAGUUAUCACUAUGCCAGGCGUCAGUACAACCUGCUGGACACUGACCACCUCCUCUACAGACAGCUGUAUAACUUUGACCGGGACAUGAACCGUACCGAGGACAAGUACGGUUGGCUGGCUGCACCACCGGCGUUUGUGAGUGCCAAGCACGAGGGAGACAAGGUGAUCGUGUUCGAGAGAGGCAACGUGCUGUUUCUCUUCAACUUCCACCCAACCAGGAGCCAGACCAACUACAGAGUGGCUGUGGCCUCGCCUGGGAAAUACACCAUCAAGCUGGACAGUGAUGAGGUGCAGUACGGAGGCCAUGGCAGACUGGACCACAACACAGAGUGUUUUACUGAACCACAUUCCUUCAACGAGAGAGACCACUCUAUGCUGGUGUACAUCCCCUGCAGGACAGCUCUGAUCCUGGGUAAUGACGAUACAGAGUCCUGUUAUUAGAGCUCUACGACUGACGCUCGCUACCAGCAGAAACAGACGCCCAGCUGGCGCCAACCUCAGUGUUAUCAACCAAUCACUGUCUGUUUUUUUCCAGUGUCAGCCAACCACACGCCACUAAUGCCUCCCCUCUUCCCUCCCACCCUUCCCCAUUUACCACAGCCUUUGUGGGUUCCUACGUUUUUUCAUACACCUUUAACAAUAGUUAGUAGAUGCCCAUAGAUGAUCAUAUUAACAUCAGCUGUAACGCAGCAUGGUGUGGAAGGAAGUUGUCCCACUAUAACUUGACUUGGUGAAUAGGUUCUACUAAUAUGAUGUAACAAAGGAUGAGGGUUGCAGAAUUCCACUAACUUUCCCAAAGUUGCCAGGUUGGAAGAUUUCAGGAAUAAGAGAACAAUAAAGCAGGAAAACCUGGACAUUUUUGGGAAGGUUCCCGUAAUUCUGCCACUUACACAGUAUAUAUCUCAUUCAUAUUUUGAGUCCAUCCACCCACCACUAGUUUGUCAACACUUUAAAAGAAACCGUGGUACAGGGUUAUGGUAAUUCUAAUAUGCUAACAUAAAGCAUUACUUGUGGUACAGUAAUGCUAACAUGCUAACAUAAAGCAUUGCUUGUGGUACAGUAAUGCUAACAUGCUAACAUAAAGCAUUACUUGUGGUACAGUAAUGCUAACAUGCUAACAUAAAGCAUUGCUUGUGGUACAGUAAUGCUAACAUAAAGCAUUUCUUGUGGUACAGUAAUGCUAACAUGCUAACAUAAAGCAUUGCUUGUGGUACAGUAAUGCUAACAUGCUAACAUAAAGCAUUGCUUGUGGUACAGUAAUGCUAAUGCAGUUAGCAAUAGUACUACCUUCUCCACUGAUUCCAGCAUGCACAUGCUUGUAAAAAUAUAAUUUUACAUAUAUAUUGUAUUUUGAUCGGUGUGCUAUCUAUAUAAAAAUACAAUACGCAUGCAAUUUUUGAUGUACAAUUUAAUGCUUAUGAUUUUGUAUUUAAAUGCCAACAAUGUUUUGCAAUUGGCCAUCUGAAAGUGUAUACUAUAAGUGUGUACUAUUUAAAAGUGUAUACUAUAAGUGUGUACUAUUUAAAAGUGUAUACUAUAAGUGUGUACUAUUUAAAAGUGGAUACUAUAAGAGUGUGUACUAUUUGAAAGUGUAUACUAUAAGUGUGUACUAUUUAAAAGUGUAUACUAUAAGUGUGUACUAUUUAAAAGUGUAUACUAUAAGUGUGUACUAUUUAAAAGUGGAUACUAUAAGAGUGUGUACUAUUUAAAAGUGGAUACUAUAAGAGUGUGUACUAUUUAAAAGGAACAGGACAGAAAAAAGAGUCACCAGGGCUGCGUCCCAAAAUAGCACCCUAGUCCCUAUAUAGUGCACUACUUUUGACCAGGACCCAUAGGGCUCUGGUGAAAAGUAGUGCACACUAUAUUUCAGCAAUAAGGUCCGAGGAGGUGUGGUAUAUGGCCAAUAUACCACGGCUAAGGGCUGUUCUUACCCACGACGCAUCGCGGAGUGCCUGGACUCUGCCCUUAGCCGUGGCCAUGUAUCUCAAACCCCAGAGGAGCCUUAUUGCUGUUAUAAACUGGUUCCCAACAUAAUUAGAGCAGCAAAAAAAUAAUAUUUUGUCAUACCCGUGGUAUACGGGUCUGAUAUACCACGGCAGUCAGCCAAUCAGCAUUCAGGGCUCGAACCAGCCAGUUUAUAUAGAGGAUUAGGAUGUCAUUUAGGAGACAUCCCAGGAGGUCACUGUGAACGUCAUCAAGUUUGCUUCGUCACUGUCGAUUUAUUGAUGCUUUUGUUGGAAUUGUAUUUACAUCGAAAUAAGCCAUCUCGAAUAAUAUAUAUCAUUUAGUUGACUAACCUGACUUUAGUGGGAUUCUAAUACCUUUGUGGUGCGAUGGGUCUUCUGUCAAAGCAGCUAGGGAUUCACUCAUUUUGCCUUGUUUAUAUACUUUGUGUGUGUCGGUGAUUUGCAGCUAUAGCCACAUACUAUGACUACUGAAUACAGGCAGCAGAAAGCCUGUCUGGUAUGUGAUGUGUUUUGAGUUAUGUAAGCUUGACUACUGAAUACAGGCAGCAGAAAGCCUGUCUGGUAUGUGAUGUGUUUUGAGUUAUGUAAGCUUCUGGAAUGGACACGACAAUUGACUUACAAUUAUUAUUAGAGUGGCAGAGAAGACCGUAGCGAGACUAAAUAACAGUACUGGAUCCUGCUAAAAGACAGGAACUUGUCCGUCCAUAUUCUGAACCGUUGUCCGUCCUGCCCAACUUACUUCCCCUCUUGUCUGUCCCUUAUACUGUAUUUUAGACACUUUUACCCCUGACAAAAAUGGAGCUUUGAAUUUCAAUUUUAUAUAUAUAUAUAUAUAUAUAUAUAUAUAUAUAUAUAUAUAUUGUUUAACGUUAUCUGCAAAGGUCCGUGACUCUAAAAUAGGGCUAAAAUACUAUUUCUAUAUGGGAAAAGACCAAGAUUGUUCAUGCUCACUGAAUACUUGUAUGUUACCUCCCAAAUUACCCCCUAUUCUUACAUAGUGUUCUGCUUUUCACCAGCCCCCUCUUUGGGCCCUGGUCAAAAGUAGUGCACCAAAUAGAGUGUAACUUGGGAUUCAGCCUGUUCGACCAGAGGAUCACUGAGUCGUGUCGACCAGAGGAUCACUGAGUCGUAUCGACCAGAGGAUCACUGAGUCGUGUCGACCAGAGGAUCACUGAGUCGUGUCGACCAGAGGAUCACUGAGUCGUGUCGACCAGAGGAUCACUGAGUCGCGUCGACCAGAGGAUCACUGAGUCGCGUCGACCAGAGGAUCACUGAGUCGCGUCGACCAGAGGAUCACUGAGUCGCGUCGACCAGAGGAUCACUGAGUCGCGUCGACCAGAGGAUCACUGAGUCGCGUCGACCAGAGGAUCACUGAGUCGCGUCGACCAGAGGAUCACUGAGUCGCGUCGACCAGAGGAUCACUGAGUCGCGUCGACCAGAGGAUCACUGAGUCGCGUCGACCAGAGGAUCACUGAGUCGCGUCGACCAGAGGAUCACUGAGUCGCGUCGACCAGAGGAUCACUGAGUCGCGUCGACCAGAGGAUCACUGAGUCGCGUCGACCAGAGGAUCACUGAGUCGCGUCGACCAGAGGAUCACUGAGUCGCGUCGACCAGAGGAUCACUGAGUCGUAUUUACCAGAGGAUCAUUGAGUCGCAUCGACCAGAGGAUCACUGAGUCGCGUCGACCAGAGGAUCACUGAGUCGCGUCGACCAGAGGAUCACUGAGUCGUGUCGACCAGAGGAUCACUGAGUCGUGUCGACCAGAGGAUCACUGAGUCGCGUCGACCAGAGGAUCACUGAGUCGCGUCGACCAGAGGAUCACUGAGUCGUAUUUACCAGAGGAUCACUGAGUCGUAUCGACCAGAGGAUCACUGAGUCCUAUCGACCAGAGGAUCACUGAGUCGUAUUAGUUAGAUGUAGUAGUUAUUACCUGAAGACUUACUGUAUGACGGUUUGCGUCUCAAAUGGCACCUAAUUCCCUUCAUAGUGCACUAUUUUGGGCUCUGGUCAAAAAGGUUAAAUAAAACAUUUUUUAAAAGUAGUGCACUGUAAAGGGAAUAGGGGGCCAUUUUGGUUAAAAGUAGUGCACUGUAAAGGGAAUAGGGGGCCAUUUUGGUUAAAAGUAGUGCAAUGUAAAGGGAAUAGGGGGCCAUUUUGGUUAAAAGUAGUGCACUGUAAAGGGAAUAGGGGGCCAUUUUGGUUAAAAGUAGUGCACUGUAAAGGGAAUAGGGGGCCAUUUUGGUUAAAAGUAGUGCACUGUAAAGGGAUUAGGGGGCCAUUUUGGUUAAAAGUAGUGCACUGUAAAGGGAAUAGGGGGCCAUUUUGGUUAAAAGUAGUGCACUGUAAAGGGAAUAGGGGGCCAUUUUGGUUAAAAGUAGUGCACUGUAAAGGGAAUAGGGGGGCAUUUUGGUUAAAAGUAGUGCACUGUAAAGGGAAUAGGGGGCCAUUUCAUUUGGGACUCAGUCUAGUCUGCCUGCCUUCACGGGGAUCUCUGCUGUGGUUUUGUGGUUGUGUUUUCAGCUGUUAUCUAACCUCAUCUCCAGACUGGGGGGUGUUUAACAUUGUCAGGUGAACAAGAUAUUAUAUUGUAUUCCCCCCCCCCCCCCCC